AAAUAAUUUAUGUAUUCUCCUUAUUUUGUUUGUUCUUUGAAGUUUUUGUUCUUCACAAAGACCCAAUUUUGAGAGCUUUUUUUCUUUUUCCAGUUUCUGGAGACGAAACAAUGGGUGGAGCACAUAUCAUGAAGAGAAUCCCACGCAUCAAAUUUCCUCAACGACACCCAAAACCUUCUUCUGAAGUUUCUUGUUCUGCAGGUUCCACGCAGCAGAACUCACAACAUAUGGAAACUUCUGCAACUGAUAAUGUUCCUCGAACAUUCUUCUCUAGAUCCCCAUCUAGCAUGUCUGUUGCAGGGAAAGCUUCUGACCAACCUAAAAGAACACCGGUGUCUCAGGAGGAAAUUGAGUCCAUUUUGUUGGGUGGCUGCAACUAAUUUUGAGGCGAAGAUGUGCAGACAGAGGGCAUAGUUUUCGACGUCUGGCUUAUAUUUGGGUGAUUUCUUUUGCAUGUAUGGUGUAACUGUUGUCAUUUUCUGGAACUAUAAGUAUAUUCAGCAAAUGACAUCUUUAACUAAUCAUUAUUAGACACAGAAGUCAAUGUGUGGGUUGGCUUAGUACCCCAUUUUAAGCAUUAAGGAACCCUUUGAUACAGAAUGUAAACAUUUUCACACUAUGCAUGAUAAAAUUCUGUCCAUCUGUUUGAGAAUCUGUCAA